CUCUGUAAACAUGAAUGACAUUUGUGCUGAUAUGUGCUAAGCUGUCUGUAAGACAAGCACUUUUCCUGGUACAGGACUGUACCACCAUCCCCUCUCAUUCUGCAGUGCGAUCGGAUUUCAGGAAGUUUCCACCCACCAAACGCUACAGCUAAGAAACUCAACUCACUGUCUUGAAAGCAAAACUCAAAAAUGUUUGUAAACCUCCUGAAAAACCCAAAUGGAGAUGAGGAUUUUGAGCACUGGGAGUUGAUAGAGAACGGUGGAGACCAAUGGCGUAUAGAAGAGAUGCCAGGAGAUUGUGGACACGACUUCAGUAAUAAUUCAGUGACUAAAUAUUUCUGCACCUCGUUUGAGCCGUGUCUAAAAAAACAAGUGAUUGAUCUGCUGGAAAAUAAUUACGACCCAGAAACUUUAGAUAUUGCGCAGCCUGCGGUCACUAUAGAGGACUGGUACAGCGGCCGAACAGACUGUGGGUGCAUUUAUAAGCUUUCUGUGGCACUGCUCGAUGAAAACCAAGAGGUUAUUGCUGAAUUUAAGCCGGAUGAUGUGACUUUGGACCCUGAUACGGAUGACUGCUCUUGGAAACAGGUGACAUACACAUUUACAAAUUACGGUCCUGGUCUGCGCUUCAUCUCUUUUGAACAUGGUGGUGAAGACACUAAAUUUUGGAAAGGCUGGUUUGGAGUGAGAGUCACUGGAAGUUCUGUCACCAUAGACUCUUAAAGGCAAACCUAUUGAGAUUAAAUAAUGUUACUGAUUGGUUAAAAUCCUCUAUCAGCACUUUGAUAAAUAAAUAGUAUAACAUUACAGAAACCACAGCUAAGGCUUGAAUGUAAGCAUUUAAAAACCAUGCUGAAAAAGCAAAUCCUGUGCUUAUAUAUUUUUCAAGAUAUAUAGAUUAAAUGCAUAUUCAGAAAGAACACAAAUAUAUAAACUUAUCUCAGACUGAAAAAGAAAACACGUGAAGGAUUGUUUAAAAUAAUUUUCUGCUUUUAUUUAUCCCAGUAACAAUCUCUGUAUGUAUUAACCACCUGUGUAUAAUCCUUUAAAAGGCAAUAUUUAUGUUUAAAUGUAUUAUAUUACUAAUGCUUUUCUAUUGCAAAUGCUAACUAGUCUCAAUAUGAGCACAGCACGUAUAUAUAUGUCAUGAAAAUAAAGCAAUAAAAAUAACAAUAAUCUAUUCUGUGCUUUUCUUAAUAAGACAAUAAAUGCAAUGUAA